UUAUGAUUAAAACUGCCACACAAACAUGGCAACCAUUUGCUUUCAGAAGCUUUAUUACAGAACUUCUGGUCUGUCAUAUAAACUACACCUGAUUCACAGAUAUGCUCCUAGAGCCUUGAAGCCAGAUGUCCCUGAUGUUUUGCCCAAGUUCUGGAAAUGCAAACUUAUAUGAAUCAAGGCAAUGUAAGCGAAAAUAAAAAUUUCAAAGAAAAAUAGCUUCAUGGAAAUCUAUCUCAAGCCUUUGCAUAACCGAAGGUGUCUCCAUGUUGAAUUUAGCUUUUAACGGUCUAAAAGGAUGCCGUCAGCCAUGAAAUGGACCGAGGGACGAAAUUGAGCACUCUUUGAAGAGCAGAGAGGGUGGACAUGACAUGCUAAGCUGAAAUAAAGUAGAAGGGCGGAC